AUGGCGUCUCCGGUACUGCCAACGCUCCGCCGUGCAUUGCUCUACGUCCCCGCCUCAUCUCCGAGGUUUCUCGCCAGAUCGGCUAACCUCAAAGUCGACAACGUAACCUACGAUCUCGAGGACUCAGUCACAAACGACAAGAAGGUCGAAGCGCGUUCCGCUUUACUCGAAUACCUCAUUAACCUCCCGCUGCCCUCACCUUCAGGUUCCUUUUCUCCCCGUGAGAUCGCCGUGCGCGUGAACGACGUCUCAACCCCCUGGGCAAUCGAGGACAUCCUCACCUUUGCCCCUUUACCCCAAGUCCAAGCCCUCGUCAUCCCCAAAGUCAACUCCGCCGCCGACCUCACCACCGUCGUCGACGCCAUCCGCCGUGCCGCACCGCACCGUCUCGGCAUUCCCACUACCACUACAGCAGAGAGUAAUCCCAACCAUCCCAACCCCAAACCCCUCGCCAUCCUCGCCCUCAUCGAAUCCGCCCGCGCAAUCAUGGACCUCCGCGAGAUCUGCGCAGCCCACGCAGCAACUACAACAAUAACAACACCGCCAAACCAUCUCCUCCGCGGCCUAAUCUUCGCCGCCGAAGAUUUCGCCCUCGAUAUGAACCUGCGGCGAACAGAGGGCAUGGCCGAGAUGGCGUACGCGCGCAGCGCGGUAGUGACGGCGGCACGGGCGUUUGGGUUGGAGAGUGCCAUUGACGUGGUGCGGACGGCGUUUAAGGGGGGGGAUGCGAUGGAGGGGUUGAAGCGGGAGAGUGAAGAGGGGGCGGGGAUGGGGUUUACGGGGAAGCAAUGCAUUCACCCCAGCCAAGUCUCCAUCGUCCAGGAGCAGUUCAGCCCCAGCGUCAGAGACAUCAUCAAGUCCGCCUGUCUCGUAGUCGCCGACGAAAAGGCUGUUGCCCUAGGCAAGGGAUCUUUUGGCUUCUCUGACUCCAUGGUCGACGCCCCCGUGUCUAAAAAGGCUCGGUCGACGCUGGCCAUUGCACAGCGGUUGGGCGUCAACGUCCAGCAACUCAAACGUGACGUAGACUUUGAGGACGAGACGAUGCCGGAUUGGAAUCGUCGGAUAGGCAUUGUUUAUGAGCAGCAGGGGCUGGCGCUGAGGAAAACAAUGGGUUUCGAUACUGACGUAAAUUAG